AUGACACGUAUCAUCCGAGUUGCUAUCCUGGAGACUGACACUCCCAUCGACCCCGUCCUUGAUCGCUAUGGGACCUACGGCGCGAUUUUCAACCGUUGGUUGAACAAAGGGCUCCAAGGGCUUGGAGUCACUGAUACCGAGAUUCAAACAACCAAUUGGGAUGUAGUGAACCAAUCUGUAUAUCCCAAACCGGAGGAUUUCGACGCAUUGUUGAUGACCGGCAGCAAACACGAUGCGUAUGCAGACAUACCAUGGAUGAAUGAGUUGACGAAAUACGUCCAUGACAUACACGAGCAGCACAAGAAGCCCAUUAUCGGUAUAUGUUUUGGACACCAGAUUCUCGCGCGUGCUCUCGGGGCGCGCGUCGCCCGGAACGAUGAGGGCUGGGAGGUUUCGGUCGAACCAUUCCAAUUAAGUGAUACUGGGAAGCAGCUGUUCUCAAAGGAGUCAUUGAAUAUACAUCAAAUGCACACGGAUAUUGUGUACGACGUUCCGCCAGGAUUCGUCAAUCUUGGGUCUAGCCCACGAUGCAAGGUUCAGGGGCUAUAUAUGCCACAGCGUGUUCUGACACUACAGGGUCAUCCGGAGUAUGAUGAGUUUGUGACGACGGAGUUGAUCAAGCUUCGACACGCGAUAGGACGCUUCGAUGACGAGCUCGCCAAAGAUGGAUUAUCGAGAGUCGGGAACCCGCACGAUGGUGAGCUUAUUGCGAGGGUUGCUUGUAAACUUAUUGUUGGCUACGAGUAUAACGGGUACAAGAUGUGCAAGAGACCACCAGAAUCCUGGGGAAUUCAACCGACAAUCCCCUUCGCAACACAAUCUCCUCACGUACCUCGAAACACACAUACAACAUCCAAGAUGGCAAACCAAAUUCGCACACUCUCCCCUGCCACGAACAAAGUCAUUUUCGAGCACCCGGGGACUUCCCUCGACGAAGCUCGAGCUAUUGCACAAGCCUCGGACAAUGCCUUCCAGUCCUACAAGCAGCUCUCUCUUGCUGAGCGGAAGGCGAUCAUUAUCAAGGCAUUGAACAUAGUGGAUGCCAACAAAGAAACUCUUGCCAAUGAGCUCACGGCUCAAAUGGGCCGCCCUAUCGCCUACUGCACAAAGGAGAUUGACACCAUGCGCAAACGCGCAGAUUACCUCCUCAGUAUUGCAGACGACAGCCUGAAGAAUCUUCCCGGACAGGCAGAGAGCGGUUUCAGACGAUUCCUGAAGAAGGAACCCCUUGGCGUCACCUUGAUUUCAACUGCGUGGAAUUACCCGUAUCUGAUCACAGUGAACACUCUCCUACCGGCCCUCCUCGCUGGAAACACGGUUCUUCUCCGCCCAUCUCCUCAAACUCCCCUCCUCGGUGAACGGCUGGUAUCAUACUUCCAGGAAGCUGGGCUACCCACUAACGUCCUCCAACUCCUCCAUGUCGGCUCCCUCGACGUCCUUGACGAAAUUGUCAAGCUCCCCCAGAUCAAGCUCGUUUCCUUCACCGGCUCCACGGCUGGUGGCAUCCGCCUGCGUGAAGCAACGGCCCACCGCGUCGUUCCUGUGAAUCUCGAACUAGGAGGCAAUGACCCAGCAUACGUCAGACCAGAUGCAGAUAUAGCCUACGUCGCCGCACAAGUCGUCGACGGGGCCGUCUUCAACUCUGGACAGAGCUGUUGCUCGAUUGAACGUGUUUACAUUCACGCCGAUGUCUACGACAACUUCAUUACUGAAGUACAGAAGGAGUUGAGCACAUACAAACUCGGCGACCCCACCGACAAAAACACCACGACCGGGCCGGUAAUCUCCAAGCAGUCUCUGAAGAACAUCCAGUCCCACAUCGACGAUGCACUAUCCAAAGGCGCUAUUGACUCCACACCUGCCAAUGCCACAUUUACCUCUUUGCCCGCUGAAGGGAACUAUAUUGCUCCUAAGCUCCUUACUAACGUCACGCAUGACAUGGUCACCAUGCGCGAAGAGACCUUCGGUCCUGUUAUCCCUGUCAUGAAGGUUUCUUCUGAUGAGGAGGCCGUUGCUCUCAUGAACGACAGUGACUACGGUCUUACUGCUAGUGUAUGGACGAAGGACAUCAAGGCGGGAGAGGCUUUGAUUGAGAAGAUUGAUGCGGGUACCGUGUAUAUCAACCGCUGUGAUUACCCGAGUCCGGACCUGGCAUGGAUUGGAUGGAAGAACUCUGGUCUUGGAUGCACGUUGGGACCACACGCGUUUGAUGGGUUUUAUAAAUUGAAGAGCUUCCAUAUCAAGGAGGAGCAGUCUUAG